AUUGACAGUCGUAAGGGCCGACCCAACACGGAAUAUUUCAGAAUCAGAAUGAAUCAAGAGGGCGUACUUGCUUGUUGCGCCGUUUGUAAUCAGCAGACUUAUCGGAGAUGUGGUCGGUGUAUUAAUAUUUAUUAUUGUAACACAGAACAUCAAAGACAGGAUUGGAAAAGACACAAAAGUGAAUGUGCACCAAAGUUACAAAACGACAAAGCUAUUAAACCAUCUUCUCAAAAAGAUAAAAAAAUAAAGGUCGAAGAAAAAAAAAGGAUAGAUAUCAAUACUUCAGUGGAUAAUAAUAAUAAAGAAGAAACGAUACUAGUAGGCAACGAAGUGAGACGUUUAAAAAAAUCGAAAAAGAAAACCGUUAAAAAGGAGGCUAGUGACAUUGCUAGUGAUAAUAAAAAUACCUCUCAAUCUGUAGAGAUUAUAACUCAUAAUAAAGCAAACUUAAAUGACAGUAGUGUAAUUUCAAGUGUCGUGUAUAGUAAUAAAAACAUUGUUAAAGUAAGUGCCAUAACUCACGAGGGAUCUUCAGAACAAGAAAUAUUGAGUGAAAAAGCUCAACAGUUAGGUACAGUGGAUUUUUCUACUGCAAGUACAUCUAAUGUUUUGAAGGAGGUAAAUAAAACCGAUGUAAAAAUGCCAGCUUUACCUAGUGAGCAGCCUCCUAGGUUGAGAGAAUACCCAGAAGCUUCACUCAGAGGUAGCGGAGCACCCUUCAACAACAUGAUGAACAGUUACUACAUGGAUCCAAGUGAUCCAAACUAUGAAAUCUGUCAAAGAGUAAUCAGGGACAUGACUCAAUAUGGUGUGUGUGUGUUAAAUAACUUCCUAGGCAAGGAACGUGGACUCUUAGUAUUAAAUGAAGUUCUAGAAAUGUACAGAUCGGGAAUAUUCACAGCAGGUCAACUAGUGUCGAAUCCAGGCAGUACAGAAGCUCAGACGAUACGAAGCGAUCGCAUCACGUGGAUCGAUGGCAAGGAACCCCACUGCUUUCACAUAGGGCAGCUCAUCAACCAAGUCGAUAGCAUAAUACUGACGGCGAAUAAAAUGGUCGACAAUGGAAAAAUGGGCAACUACAUCAUUAACGGUAGGACGAAGGCGAUGGUGGCCUGCUACCCAGGAUCUGGCAGCCAUUACGUUAAACAUGUAGAUAACCCAAAUAAAGAUGGGCGAUGUAUAACGGCAAUAUACUACCUUAACCUUGACUGGGACGUCAAGCGAUAUGGCGGCUUACUUAGGGUGUUCCCGGAAGGUACAAAUCAGGUGGCAGAUAUCGCGCCGAUCUUCGAUAGGAUGCUGUUCUUUUGGUCAGAUAGAAGAAACCCGCACGAGGUACAACCUGCGUACGCAACUAGAUAUGCAAUUACAUUGUGGUAUUUCGAUGCUCAGGAACGAGAAGAUGCAGUAAGAAAAUACAAACGCGGACAGCCAUCGUCGAGCAAGUGAUGUUGGGUGCGCGGCAGCAGGCGCGUCGCGUGCUCGUAGCGAACUGCCACUAGAUACAGAUUAUAAAUAUAGGGGUACACAAGGCCCGAACCGUGACCGAGUCGAUCGAACGAUUGGUAGCGCAACUUAUAGUCUAUGGUUGCUGAUAUGACAAUUGGAGAAUGUGAUCAGUUAAUCGGAUGCCGUUGUAAAAAGUUAUUGUAUUUUUAGAACUUCUGUAUAAGCUAAAUAUAAUGAAAUGUUAUUGGUAAAAAAAAAUUAUAACAUUAAAAAAUUAAACACGUACAUUAGUAAAAUCCAUCCCGCGUACGAUGAGGACUAGCAAAGUUAUAUGUAUAAGAUAUAAGAAAUAUCUCAUUAUAAAAUUAUUUUUGCAAUGACUUUUUUGUUUAAAUACAAAUUUCAAUUUCCUUAACGAUGUAUUCAUGUUUCUUCUGUUUAUUUUUUUAGAAAUAUCAAAUAUGUUUUCGAACAUAGACUAAAAUAAAAGAAAUACUGUUUUACAUAAUUCAUUUCGAAUUAUGUUUGAAAUUAAUUGUGUUUAUUUCGACAUUUCGUUGUAAUAUAUUUUCUAAGAUUAGUUUAUAUUAAUUUAAGUUGAUUCUUAAGUAUUAUGUUUUAUUAAAUGCAAUUCUUAGCUCGACUACACUGAUGUUAAUUAUAAUUUUCAAUCUAUUAAAAAAAAUACUUGUUGUUGUUCAUCCAAUUCAAUUGAGCAGUUAGUUGGCCCUUUUUUAUAUACCGGGAAAGUAAAUGACUCCACUCCGCCUGAUGGUAAGUGGUAGUGGAGUCCAAACGCGACGACGGCCAGAACAGUCAGGAAGAAUGUUUUGUACUAGCCGCCCCCGCCUUGCCGGUCCGCGAGCCUUUGGUAAUAUAUAUUAUAUUUGCCCUUUUGGUAUAAUAACAAUCACAAAUCCAAUUUUCAAAAGAAUUUUUUUUAAUUAAAUCGAAAAUUACUUGUCAGUUUAUUUAAACGGAUGAACUUACCCAUUUCAUGUGACAUUGGCGUUAUGCCGGGUGACACAACUUGAAGUAACUAUGCCAAGAUUUUAAUUGAUUUAAAAUUAUAGACAUUUUAGAUUUCGUUUAUAUGUUGUUGUCUUUUUAGAUCAGUAUGAUGUUUGUAACUUAAGACUGACGAUAAAUAAAAUUUCAAUUCAAUAUAUCUAGAGAUUUUCUAUGUUAUAUAACUAUAUUUAUUGUUGUAUUAAUUUUUUACUGUAAAUAACAACUUUUGAUGAUGGAGAAUUUUAAUUUGUAACAGUAAGGCUCAAUGCCAGUAUUUGUCUAGUAAAUAAUUUUGAAUGUUAUCAGCUAAAAACGACUUGAUCAGAUUUAUAUGUUGAAAAAUGUAUUGAUUUGUCGAAAUUAACUUAAUAAGUGGAUAUUUUAAUAAUUGUCACAAAAAUUUUAAAUAUUUAGAAUAUAAUGGGAAUUACGUAAAAUUUGUUAGCUGUGUGAUAACUGCCAACAGAAUUGUAGAACAAUCUGUAUUUAAAAAAAAAAAAAAACUAUUAAAAAGUUAUGUCGUUUAUGUUUUACUAGCGAAAAGAUUUACUUCUCUACCAUCACAUAUUACAUAUACAAGAUAUCGAUGUAAAUACUGUUAUACUAGAUUUUAUUUAGAUAAACGUAACCAAUAUGAGACAUAACAAUUCGUCUUUCCAUACAAUCUCAAUUAUUGACAGGACCGUUAUGGCUUUCUCUUUCUCUCAUGUAUUUUUGAAAAAGGAUAGCCAUUUUAGUUUAAAGAUUGUCAUGAGCAUUGAGUGUAGCCAGAUAAUAUGAAACAAUUUAUAAAUAUUCAUUCUCAUCUUAUUUAAUGAAAAUAUUUAACGUAAAGUUAAUAUCACUAUUUUAUUAUUCUCGGCUCUCGAGGAUAAAGUCUCGGCUACACCAGUGGUAAAUCAUGUACAACAGAACAGCACUAUUGUAAAGUUUCAUAAUGAUAAGGUGUGUUGUUUACGAACAGUGUGUAAAAAUAUAGUAUUGAAAUUUAUACAGAUAUAUUAUAAAAUUAGAUUUGCUAAGGUUAUAUUCCUAAUUUAAAUUGUAAUUUUGUAUGUAAGUAAUAUAGCUUUGUCAUGAAAGCGUUUUUAUUAUUUUGUGAUUUUAUAGCUUGUUAUAAAUAUUUUAAAAUUCCGUGUUGUCCAACAAAACAGUUUUAUUUAUUAGCUUUUGAAACGAAUUAAAGCUAUUUCAAGUCAUAAAUUAAGUUGUGGAUACAUCUGGUAUUAAAUUUUUAUUUUUA